AUGAUCACUUUUCAGUCUUUGCUACCUCAGUCUUUUUUUGUUCUCAUGAUGAUCCUAAAGAGCUCUGCUUUGGACAAAUACGUUGCAGCAGUCUAUGAGCAUUCAGUCAUAUUGCCAGAGACUACCCAAAAGCCUGUUUCUUCUGAAGACGCCUUAAAAUUGAUGAACAAAAACAUGGAUAUUUUGGAAGAAGUCAUCAAAAGGGCAGCAGCUCAGGGUGCACACAUCAUUGUGACUCCUGAAGAUGGCAUCUAUGGCUUUUUUUUUACCCGAGAAACUCUUUAUCCUUAUCUUGAAGAUAUCCCAGAUCCACAAGAAGUUAAUUGGAUUCCAUGUAAUGACUCACAAAGAUUCGGACCUGCCCCAGUGCAAGAAAGGCUCAGCUGUCUGGCAAGGGAGAAUGCUAUCUAUGUGGUUGCUAAUAUUGGGGAUAAGAAGCCAUGUAAUCCGACCGACCCCAAAUGUCCUAAUGAUGGCCACUAUCAAUACAACACAAAUGUUGUCUUUGAUUCAGAUGGGAAACUGGUUGCACGCUACCACAAGUUCAAUCUCUUUAUGUCAGAAGCCCAGUUUGAUUUUCCUAAAGAGCCUGAAGUUGUGACCUUCAACACUUCCUUUGGGAAGUUUGGUGUGUUCACAUGCUUUGACAUACUGUUCCACGACCCUGCUGUGACCUUGGUGAGCGAGCUCAAGGUGGACACCAUCCUCUUCCCUACUGCUUGGAUGAAUGUUCUUCCACAUUUAACUGCUAUUGAAUUCCAUUCCGCAUGGGCUAUGGGAAUGCAGGUCAAUUUGCUGUCAUCCAACACUCAUAAAACUGGAAUGAAUAUGACAGGAAGUGGUAUCUAUGCCCCAGAUGGAUCACAGGCAUAUCAUUAUGAUGCAGAAUCUGAGAAUGGCCAGCUUCUGGUUGCAGAACUCCAUUCCCACCCUUCUAUUUCUCCUACUUACCUUCAUUCAGUUAACUGGAGCUUGUACGCCACAGCUAUCAAACCAUUCCCCGAGAACAAUAAUUUCAAAGGAAUCAUUUUCUUUGAUGAAUUCACUUUCUCCAAGCUGAACAGUCAAGCUGGCAAUCUUACAGUGUGCCAGAAGGAUCUCUGCUGCCACUUGAGCUACAGGAUGACGGAGCAGCAAGAAGAUGAAGUUUAUGCGUUGGGUGCAUUCGAUGGCCUUCAUGUGGUUGAAGGAGAAUAUUAUUUACAGAUAUGCACAUUGCUGAAAUGCAGAACUACUGACUUGCAAACGUGUGGUGAGCCAGUGACUAUAGCUCACACCCGUUUUGGAUACUUUUCUCUCAGUGGCACAUUUAGCACUAACUACGUCUUUCCAGAAGUUCUGCUUAGUGGAGUUCACCUGGCACCUGGAGAGUUUCAGGUUUUGAGUGACGGGCAGCUGAUUAGUCAGAAUGGUACAACAAAGCCAAUAUUAACGGUGACACUGUUUGGGAGGUGGUACGAAAGUGAUCCACCACGUCCAGAAAAGGGGCCUGCCCAGCUGGGUGCAGGCGUCGUUGAUGAUUCCUUGAUGGGAAGGAUAGUUUCAGCUGCCUUAAAGGAAGCAGUUGUAAAUCUCAUCCUGAAGUCAUCAUUGAUACUUUGCCUUCAUUGCAUGGCAACAGACAAAGUAGUUUCUGUUUUGACCGUAAAAGAAGAAUUGCACAAGCAUUACCCAUCAGACUGA